UGUCAGUAGACUGAUGAAGGAAAACCCAAAGCUGCUUAUGAUUCCUCUCACCUGGUUGAACUCUUCAUCAGCGUAAAUAUCAAUCAAGUCCACUCCUUCUGACAUGGCUCCGGAAAUACGCUCUCGAGCCCGGAGAACGGACAAAGUAAGAAAGAUGCCACUACGGUAUUCAGAAAAGGGUAAAAAAUUUUAAGGGACGAGGGUCCCAGGCUGGGAGGAGGGCAAUGGUCUCCCGGCAGCCAGAGCCUGGCCCCACCCGCUCCGCCCCGCCCCCAGCCUCGCGCCGCCCCCAGCUCUCCCAGGCCGCCCGGGCUCGCGGGGCUCGCUGCCCAUCACCCGCGGGCCCGACCCGAGUUGCGCCGAGUCGGCGCCCGUAGCCGCCUGUGGCGCCACCGCCAAGUCCAGGCCUCGACUCUCGAGAGGGCCCAAGGGCCGCGCUGUGAAGAACCAUCGCAGCGAAAGCCGCAAGCUCAGCCCGCCGCACCUGCUAGACCCAGGGGGCGGCCCAAGCUGGAGUCCCCCGCGGGCCCGGAAGCUACCGCCGCCUCCACUCCAACCGGGCCCGGUCCUCGCCCUCGGCUAGGCCUACCCUUGCUCCCUCCCACAGCUCCACUCCAGGACCUCAGCCCCUCCCUCGGAGGCCCGCGCUUCCCUCUACCCGCCGUCUUCCGCCACCGCCGCCACCUCAACCGACCCCCUCCCCGCCGCGGCGCCAGCCCCGGCCCUCCUUCCGGCCCCGCCGGCCCCCGGCCGCGCGCCCCCGUUACCGGGAAUAUGGCGGCGGCCGCGGAGAGUCCCGACUAGGCCCGAAGCGCGCGAACCGCUCUCCGCCCCAGGUCCCGCCCCCCCCCGCCGGCGGCGUCAGACGCACCGCUACUUCCGCCAUACGCUGGGACGCGCCUUCCGGCUUGAGGUCCACCUCCACUGGUGAAGUCCACGGCUAGACCGCCUGGAGUUCCCGGAAGUAGCCCGGUUGCCAACUUCCGGUGCUGUAGGGAGAAAUGGCGGUGGUCACCUUGAUCCCGACGCUGGCGCGGGUACUGUCAAAGCACAGCCUGCUGUCUCCUUUGUUCAGCGUGACAUCAUUCAGACGAUUCUACAGAGGUGACAGCCCAACAGAUUCUCAAAAAGACAUGAUUGAAAUUCCUUUGCCUCCAUGGGAGGAGAGAACUGAUGAAUCCAUGGAAACCAAAAGAGCCCGCCUACUCUAUGAGAGCAGGAAGAGGGGGAUGCUGGAGAACUGUAUUCUCCUUAGCCUCUUUGCUAAAGAAUAUCUGCACAACAUGACAGAGAAGCAGCUGAACCUCUAUGAUCGCCUAAUUAACGAGCCUAGCAAUGACUGGGAUAUUUACUACUGGGCCACAGAAGCAAAACCAGCCCCAGAAAUAUUUGAAAAUGAAGUCCUGGAACUGCUGAGAGAGUUCGCAAAAAACAGAAACAAAGAACAGAGACUGCGUGCCCCAGAUCUGGAAUAUCUCUUUGAAAAGCCUCGCUAGGCUAUGUGCCACUGUCUGUCAUGGUGGUUAGUAUACAGACAGAAACUGCUUCUGGUACAGACUUUGGCUUCCUGCUUUUCCUU